AUGCAUACAAUCACAGCUCAUCACCUGUGGAUUCAAUUUUCGAUCCAGUUUCCUCCCAUGAGUUCUCUAACAUCAACACAAACACUUCCUUCAUACUAUCGACAUGAACUGACGUUGUCUAACGGGUUUCAAGCAUUGAGAAGUGUUGCAGAAAUCGAUCAUGCUACCUUGAUGAUGAACAGUAUGAUCAAACGAAAGGCGUUGCCACAAAAAGGGAACUUAUUACUAGCUGUUCUGGAAGCUGGUCCGCUUUUGCAAACACUGCUUUUAGCAAACCCGCUUCCGGUUGCCAGAACCUUUCACCGCUGCAGUCAUUGA